CUCCUUCCUUAUUCAUUCGAGCAAAUACGCCCAGCCUCAACCAAGGGAAAAACCCUAGCCGCCACCACCGCCGCAGGAGGAGUUGUCUUUGCCGUCGUCCGUCGCAGUCAGGGGCUUGUCUCCUCGAGUCUUCGUGCGUCGCAAUCAGGGGAGUUUCUUCCAAGUCUUCAAUCUGUUCGCAGUCACAAGUCGCAGGCGCGCCGUUUCUCCCUCGAGCUUGGUGGCCGUCGUCUUGUCGCUGUUGUCUGUCGCCGUCUGUCGCAGUCAGGGGUUUGUCUUCUCAAGUCUUCGUGCAUCACAGUCAGGGGAGUUCUCCAAGUCCUCGAUCUGUUCGCAGUCACCGUCGCAGGCGCGCUGCUUCUUCCUCGUGCUCGGCGGCCGUCAUCUUGUCGCCGUCGUUUGUUGCCGUCGGCUGUCGCCAUCCGUCCUCCUCAGAGAUCGAAGGUUGGUGAUUAUGAUAGGAAAUACAGGGGAAGCUUAGGAUUAAAAAUGGUCUUUUAAGUUUCAGGUAUUCAGGUAUUCUUGUAUGAACUAUGAACUCCUCACCUAGUUUGGCGCCUGCGCUUUACGGUCACAGCUGGUCUUCACUUCACUUCUCCAGAUGUUAUGGCUGAUAUUGAUCCCCACACCUUGACCUGCCACGCCUGCGGAAACGUCGGCCUCGUCGACGGCGAUGACGGAUUUUUCUACUGCAACCGCUGCGGUUCCCGCUCCGAGGAUGUUGUCGACACCGCCGUCGACGACAACGAUCUCUACAAAAGCGGCGGCGCCUCCGCCGGCAUAUACCUCGCCAGCCAGCAGCGCCAUCGAACUUCAACCGUCGCAAUCAAAGCGGAGCCAAUCUCCCAGUACGACUCACAAUCGGUUCUCCUCCGCAACCUCGGCUUGGACGACGACGACAACCAAACCCCUGGCCGGAGCAACGCCUUCGAGGUGAAGAGAGAGGAGGAGAAUUACGCUCCGCUUUUCGGCGAUAUUCACUCUGUUCCCGAAGAUUUUGCUGACGUGGCUGGCGCCAAUGUUCUGAGCUUUGAGGAUUACCAGAAUGAAGUUAGGAUGAGGUACGUGUUAGGGUUGCAGAUUAUGGUUCAGCUUCAGUGUGAGGCGUUGGUUAAGGAGUUCAAGGUUACGCCUUUGAUUUGCGGGUUGAUGCAGCCCAUUUGGUUGAGGUUCGUGUUCGGAACUGGUGUCUUCAAUGAUGAUUGGGCUGAUCAAGUUAUCCAUGACUCUGAGAUGCAGCAUGAAGAAGAAGAACCCGAAGAUCGUAAGACACAGGCUAAAUACAGAGAUGAACCCUACAAUUUAUAUGGCCAGCGUGCCGUGAUGAUAUGGUUCAGGGCCUUAAAGAAAAGGAUUCCACCAUCCUGUACUCUUGCUGUUUCUUUUCUGGCAUGUCAUGUUGCAAGGGAACCUGUCCUGCCGUCUGACUUAAUCAAGGGGACACUGGAAGCGAAGAUUCCGUAUAUUUCUGCAUUUGUUGAAAUUGAAAAGCGUCUUGGACGGCCAUCAAGUGCAUGUCCUAUUAGUUCAAGUGUGAUGUUCAAGCCUCAGCGAGUUCUUACGGUACUGAAACUAGAAAAAUUUGCUGCAUCAAUUGCUCAGUUCAUAGGCUUGGAGUUACCUCCAGUGAAUUUCUUUGGAAUAGCACGUCGAUAUCUUCAGAGAUUAUCUCUUCCUUCUGAAAAGAUUCUUCCUCAUGUAAGCCGCAUAUAUGAAUGGGCCAUGCCUCCAGAUUUGUGGUUAUCCUUAUCCAAAAGACAUUUUAAGCUACCUAUUCAUGUUUGUGUGAUGUCAAUUCUGGUUGUAGCAAUAAGAAUGUUGUUUAACAUAAAUGGUUCGGGAGAAUGGGAGAAAAGUUUGUCCAACAAAGGUAAUACCAAAGACAAUGGCGAGAAGGGUACAGCUUUUUCCUCCCGUGAUAGACGUAAUUCUAGUGAAGAAGAUUUGGAUAAAGACAAAAUGAAACAACAGGAAAAUGAAUUAGACACUUCAGGACUUCUCCAACACCUUCAAGCAAUAUAUAAUGAUCUUGCAGAUAUCCCAGAGUAUUCAAAAGACCUGUCAACAUAUCUCAAACACUGUAGGGAUGUUGUCUUUGCUGGGUCAGAGGCGUCAUAUGGGAAUUACGAAGAAGAAAAGAUGAUAGAGUACUUAUGGAACUUUUAUAUGAAUGAAAAGGAUACUAAGCCUUCAGUACAUGGAGAACAAUCUAACAGUUCUUUUAAUCAAACAAGGUUGAGGGAUAAUGCAUCGGUUGGUAGGACAUCUGGGAGGGAGAGGACAAGUAAAGAACAUUCUAAUCAGCCAUCUCUUAAUGACGCCACCAGCCUUGGAAAUCAUUUGCCUGAAAAUGUGGAUAAAGAUGAUGGGGACAAUGACAAGGACGAUGAUUCCUCAAAGAGUUUUAGAGGCAGUGAUGUAUCAGAUUCCAAUGCGCACAGUUCAGAAAAACCUCAUGUCAAGGAAGCCAUUGCACGGAUGAAGUUAGACAUGGAGGAGAAUAGGUUCUACUAUAUACCACCUAUUGUCAAGAAGAAAAGACGACACGAUUAUCUUCACUAUAUGAGGAAGAUAGAUGAAGGUGCCUUGGAGUAUGUUGCUCAUGCUGAUUACUACAUCCUGCUUCGGGCUUGCGCUAGGGUCGCACAAGUUGACGUUCGGAUUAUGCAUAUUGGUGUGUUGAAACUCGAAAGAAGACUUGCUUGGUUAGAGGAACAGAUCGACGAAUGCUUGCAGUUGAAACCAGAGAAAAUUUCUUGCAAGUUCUGCAGUGAUGCGGCCCCUGAAAAUGAAUCUGAUGAUGUACCUGGGCUGUCAGAUUUGGAUAUUUGAGAAUUAUUUUUCCUUGUUAUAGUUUAAAAAUCAAUGCUUCGUACACAUUUUUAUGGCUUCAACAUAACAGGUUAAGAUGGAAGUUUAUUAUGAA